UGCUCGGGCCGGUAGCUUCAUUUGACAGAAAUAGAAAUAAUGACUAAAUAAGAUAUAAAUUAAGUAUUAGCAAGCAAUAAUAUUUAUUGUUUAAAAAAUACAUAGGCUACCCUCAUUCAUCACAUGCUCCGUUUUUAUAACGGGCCAUAGCUAUUGUGUGUUUGGUUGGGUGAUGCUUCCUUGUUCAUCUUCGUCGGUGGUAGAGAUGGAGGGCUGUGGAGACGGCGAGGUGGUGGUUCAGAAAGUGAAAACGGAGUGUUCACGAUUGACAGAAGAAAGAGAUGAAGCAGAAAGACAGUUGAAACACAUCAAGCGAGUUUCCCAGAUGGUGAUUGAGGAGGUGAGCGUUUUGCAGACUCAGCUGGAGAUAGAGAAAUCUUGCAGAGAGAAUGCAGAAGCCCUCGCUACGAAGCUGAACUGUGAGAACAGGAAACUGAAGUACCUGAGUCUGUCGUCUCGGCCCUGUCUGGAUGAGCUGCUGCCCAGUAUCUCCGACUGCAUCUCCCUGGAGGAAGAACCGGACCCUCAGGAGCCCAGCCCUGACCCCUACACCCAGUAUCAACAGCAGGUCAAAGAUCUCCAGGUGACCGUGAGCAGCCUUCUGGAGGAGAAGAAACAGCUGGCCUGUCAGCUCCAGGAGCACCAGAAGCAGAUCGAGGAGCUCAGCACACAGACUGAAAAGGAGCAAGCAGAGAUGAAGGAACUGUACAAAACAAUUGAACAGCAAAACAAGACCAUUAAGAGGUUUAACAGAGUGUCCAUGAUGGCAGCUCAUGAGUAUGAGGGCCUGAAGGAGCAGCUGGAUCUGGAGGAGAGUCUGCGACAGAAAGCUGAGACCUAUGCACACGAGAUGCUGGUGAAGCAGAAGGAGGCGAACCGCCAGAGCAUGAUCCUGAUGCAGCAGUCGGAGCCCAGCCUGCAGCUCCUCAAGGCCCUGGAGGACGUGGCCAACCUCACCAAGACUCUGGAGCAGGAGAGAGUGCAGCACCAGCAGAAGGUGAAGGCUCUCGAGGCAGAGUUUGAGGAGUGCGCCCUCCACAAGCAACUGGGCCAGAUGCAGAAGCAGCUGGAUCUGCUGGAGGAGGAGAAGAAGGAGACCGAGGUGCGACUACUGGAGGAAGAGAAGAAGAGAGUCACUCUAGAGAGCCGAGUGUGUGAGCUGCUGGAGGCUCAGAAAGGCCCCGCGGAUCCAGUGGAGGCGGCUGAAGCUGCAGCACCGUCUCCUGGGACGGCUCCUCCCCCCGCUCCUCCUCCUCAGCCCCCUCCACCUCCUCCUCCCCCACCUCCUCCUCCUCCGCCUCCUCCCCCCUCUCGCUGCAACCCCCUCAGCUCACUCAUUGCCAUCAUGAGGAAGUCCUCCAAGGGUGGGAAGGGCUCCCUGAAGACAGAGCCAGCGCCUGCGGACGCGGGUGCGGAUGAUGUGAAAGUGAAGGCGGUGAAUGAGAUGAUGGAGAGGAUCAAACAUGGCGUGGUGCUCAGGCCAGUGAAAGGACCGGACACAAAGAGAUUUGGAGUGAAGCCAGCACCUGCAGUGGAGGAGAAGCCACAGGAGAGCGCCAUGGAGGAGCUGAAAGGAAUCCUGGAGACGGUGAAGAAGAGCCCCAGUCGAGGGUUCCAGGAGCCGGUGCAGGUGAGCGCUAAGAAGGACAGCGAGCUGGAGGUGAUCCUGAGGAGGAGACGCAAGCAAGCCUGUGACCCUGCAGAUGAAAGAGACGGCCUGGAGAAAGGGUCCUCGUCCAGCUGCAUGAAUGGAGGCCACAGCUCCGACGCAGGCCCAGAGCCAGAGGCAGCAGGCAGCAGCCCUCAGCUGAGCGGGGAGCCGGGCGAGUCGGCCGCGGGCCCGGAGUCCACUCGUGGCGCGGCUGCGGCCAGACGCAGCUCGGAUAUCGGCACCGAGCUCAAGGGACUCAAACUGGCAGGGGGAGUCCGCCGAUCCAUGUCUGAGAAAGGGCCCUCAAACGCAGGCUACAAGGCCAAGUGUGUACGCGCUGGGAGAUGUGAGAAGCAGGCCGAGAGCGUGCAGGCCAACGGGAUCGGCCACCCCGCCUCGGGAGAGGACACGCACGCCACGCUGGCCUCCCCCGCCCCCGGCCCCGACGGCCACGCCGCAGCCAACGGGAGUGCGGCCGCCGCCUCCGCCGACGACGCCGAGUGCUAGUGUCCGCAGGCGGGCCGCCACCGCCGCCGCACUGCGCUCACCGCACAGUCUCCCGUUUGACUUUGUAUUCUCUGGUUUGUUUUUGAGUUUCUGAGACACAGUUUGGAAAGCUUUAGUUAUUUCAAUGUACAUUUUAUGCAAAAAAACUGACUGCUGGUGUGAGUUGUCCUCUAAAGGCAUCCACUGCAAAUGGUCAUCGCAACAAUACCAAUUGGCCAACUGGAGUGAGGAAGUGAGAGUGUACUUUGGCGGUGGCUUUGUUAAGCAGCUGUUAUCCCUUGAAGGUGAAGACUUUUGUAUAUCAACUUGGAUGGAGCAAUGUGAUUAUUAUAAAUGCUGAAUCUAAUUAUGCAUCUAAUCUAAUUUCAGUCGACAUGUAUACUGGCUCCGAUAUACUCUUUGACAUCUAAGCAAUUGGUUUCCAGGAGAAUGCAAACUGUCCAUAUUGCCAUGGUCUUUUGCUAUUCUAUUGGCAGCCGAGUUGAGUCACAUUUUUGUCACAAAAACGUGGUGUGGAGUGAGGCUCUGUAAUGAGAUAGGGGGUUCACAGGCUCUGGGCUUACCAGUGCAGCAGUCCAACAGUAGCGAGCAAUGUUUACAAAACAGUAAUUGGAUAAAUUGUCGUUCAGGAACUAUGAAGGCACUUUUUUUGCUAUCUGGAUUCGAUCCACGAUUUUGUGGGUUCCCAUUGUGGUGUACAACUCUCUGGUGAUGCAAGUGAAAGCCAUGCAGCUGCUCUGAUUUGUAAAGACAGCCUUGAAGCAGAAAGGUGCUGACAUACUCAGUCUACCUCCCAUACGACACUCUUGCCUCUUAAUCUUAUCUGAAAUUGUAUGGAGUGUUAGUGUUGAGCAGCUUCAAGGACAGGUGAUCCAGCUUGUAAUGUCUUCCACCACUGUUCGCCAAAGAGACUUUGCACUGCUGAGGAUGCUUUGCACAUGGAGAGUGUUAACUCCUAAGAUGGGAGCAGUGUUUCCUACAACGCCAAAUCCCUGGGCUAUGCUAUCCAAAUAGUUCACGCAAUAUCCUCUGCAAUAGCAUUAAGUAGUGUAAUUGUGCAGAACCAUGCCACCUUCAUGCAUCCCUCAUGGUCAUUUAGGAAAUGUUCAAGCGGUUUUGAAAAUGAUGUUAAGUAAACAAAACCUUGCAGUUAGAACAAUGAGAUAUUUGUUUCGAAUUUUGCAAUUACUCACCUGAAGUGAAUCAGCCUUUUUAGUUCUUAUACCAACAGAAUCCAUCAUAAGUCCUAACGCCCACCUGCUCUUGCUCAUUGUAGACUACUUUAAGAACACCUGUACACACACCUGUAAACCCUAGAUUAAUUCGGAACACUUCCUGAAUGUCUUCUUGCCUUACCAAACAUAUUCUUUUCUUCAUACCACUCAAUUUAGGUAUUUGCUUUUGUACAAGUAUUUAAACAUAAAAUGUGUCUGAUUUCUUAUUUUGCUGUGUCUGGCCUCCAAGAUGUCUCCAUCCAUUUUCUCAUUCACUGCCCCUUUUUAAUUAGAUUACAAUAAAGUUAUUACCAAUAA